CCACCACCACCGGCUCCCUCCCUCCCCCACCCCUUCCUCCCUCCCUCCGCGCUUAGAGCUGCGGCUGGAGUCGAGCGCGCAGCGUCGCCCGCCGCCGCUGGUGCGGAGCGUGGGGAGCACUGGGACACAGCCCUCGCCUGCCGCGGAGGGUCCUGCUCCGCACUGCUGGUCAGGCCGCCCGGUGCCCGGGCCUCUCCGUCCUUGGAGCGGAUCGUUGCCCUCCGGGCGCCCUCCCGCAGCAACAGCAACAGCCAGAGCAGAGGCCGCGGUGGCGGCUGUGCCCAUGCCGGGGUGCCUGAAGAUAGAGAGAGACCAGCACCUAUUAAUUCAAGAAACCCCCAGUGAGUCACACUGCUGAGGCCUAGUCAUAUCUGGAAGAAGAGUCCUAACUUGGUGUUCACACUUAGCCUCUUUCCCACCACCACCUUGCCUCACCUCAGCACUGGGAUCUUAGGUGGCCACCUGUCCCUAGCUACGACUGAGUCGAAACUGCACCUGUGAGGAGGCCUGACAGGAUGGGUGACAUGGCGAACAGUUCCAUUGAGUUCCACCCCAAGCCCCAGCAGCAGCGGGAAGUGCCCCAUGUGGGUGGCUUUGGGUGCACACUAGCAGAGCUGCGCAGCCUCAUGGAGCUCCGAGGUGCCGAAGCACUGCAGAAGAUCCAGGAAGCCUAUGGAGAUGUCAGCGGGCUGUGCCGGAGGCUGAAGACCUCGCCUACCGAGGGCCUGGCAGACAACACCAAUGACUUGGAGAAACGCAGGCAAAUCUAUGGGCAGAACUUCAUCCCUCCCAAGCAGCCCAAGACCUUCCUGCAGCUGGUGUGGGAAGCCCUGCAGGACGUGACUCUCAUCAUCCUGGAGGUGGCUGCCAUCGUCUCCCUGGGCCUCUCCUUCUAUGCACCACCUGGAGAGGAAAGUGAAGCCUGUGGGAAUGUGUCUGGUGGGGCAGAGGACGAGGGAGAGGCUGAGGCCGGCUGGAUCGAAGGGGCUGCCAUCCUACUCUCUGUCAUCUGUGUGGUGCUGGUCACGGCCUUCAAUGACUGGAGCAAGGAAAAGCAGUUCCGAGGUCUUCAGAGCCGUAUUGAACAGGAACAGAAGUUUACUGUCAUCCGAAAUGGGCAGCUCCUCCAGGUCCCUGUGGCAGCACUGGUGGUAGGGGACAUUGCCCAGGUCAAAUACGGAGACCUUCUGCCUGCCGAUGGUGUGCUCAUCCAAGGCAAUGACCUCAAGAUCGACGAGAGCUCCCUGACUGGCGAGUCGGACCAUGUGCGCAAAUCAGCAGACAAAGAUCCUAUGCUACUCUCAGGCACUCAUGUCAUGGAAGGUUCUGGAAGAAUGGUGGUAACAGCUGUUGGUGUGAACUCCCAGACAGGCAUCAUCUUUACAUUGCUUGGAGCUGGUGGAGAGGAGGAGGAGAAGAAAGACAAGAAAGGCAAGCAGCAGGAUGGGGCGAUGGACAGUAGCCAAACCAGAGCCCCUUUACCCUUGCUAGGCCCUAACUUCAGCCAAGGGUUUCCUCUAUGUACAGCUAAGAAGCAGGAUGGGGCUGUUGCCAUGGAAAUGCAGCCCCUGAAGAGUGCUGAGGGUGGGGAAAUGGAGGAGCGAGAAAAGAAGAAAACCAACGUACCCAAGAAGGAGAAGUCAGUUCUGCAAGGGAAGCUCACAAAACUGGCUGUGCAGAUUGGGAAAGCAGGGUUGGUGAUGUCUGCCAUCACUGUCAUCAUCCUGGUCCUCUACUUUGUGAUUGAGACCUUCGUCGUGGAUGGCCGGGUGUGGCUGGCAGAGUGCACACCUGUCUACGUGCAGUAUUUUGUGAAGUUCUUCAUUAUUGGAGUCACUGUGUUGGUUGUGGCUGUCCCUGAGGGCCUGCCUCUUGCUGUCACUAUCUCCUUGGCUUACUCUGUCAAGAAAAUGAUGAAGGAUAACAACCUGGUACGCCACCUGGAUGCCUGUGAGACCAUGGGCAAUGCCACGGCAAUCUGUUCUGACAAGACGGGCACACUCACCACCAACCGCAUGACCGUGGUCCAGUCCUACCUAGGAGACACUCACUACAAAGAGAUUCCAGCUCCCAGCGCCCUGACCCCCAAGAUCCUUGACCUUCUGGUCCAUGCCAUCUCCAUCAACAGUGCCUACACCACCAAAAUACUACCUCCAGAGAAGGAAGGCGCUCUCCCACGCCAAGUGGGCAACAAAACAGAGUGUGCUCUGUUGGGCUUUGUCCUGGACCUGAAACGAGACUUCCAACCUGUACGGGAGCAGAUUCCAGAAGAUAAGCUUUACAAAGUGUACACCUUCAAUUCAGUCCGCAAGUCCAUGAGCACAGUUAUCCGCAUGCCUGAUGGUAGCUUCCGCCUCUUCAGCAAGGGAGCCUCAGAGAUCCUGCUCAAAAAGUGUACCAACAUCUUAAACAGCAAUGGUGAACUCCGAGGAUUCCGUCCUCGGGACCGGGAUGACAUGGUGAAGAAGAUCAUUGAGCCUAUGGCUUGUGAUGGCCUCCGCACCAUCUGCAUUGCCUACAGGGACUUCUCUGCAAACCAGGAGCCUGACUGGGACAAUGAGAAUGACGUGGUGGGCGAUCUCACCUGCAUAGCUGUCGUGGGCAUCGAGGAUCCUGUACGACCUGAGGUCCCUGAAGCCAUUCGCAAAUGCCAGCGUGCUGGCAUCACAGUCCGUAUGGUGACUGGAGACAACAUCAACACUGCCCGGGCUAUUGCAGCUAAAUGUGGCAUCAUCCACCCAGGUGAAGACUUCCUGUGCCUGGAAGGAAAGGAAUUCAACAGAAGGAUUCGAAACGAGAAAGGCGAGAUAGAACAGGAGCGGCUGGACAAGGUGUGGCCCAAGCUGCGGGUGCUCGCCCGAUCAUCACCCACUGACAAACACACUCUGGUCAAAGGCAUUAUCGACAGCACAACCGGUGAGCAGCGGCAGGUGGUGGCCGUGACUGGGGAUGGCACCAAUGAUGGGCCAGCUCUCAAAAAGGCAGAUGUGGGCUUCGCCAUGGGCAUUGCAGGCACUGAUGUGGCCAAGGAGGCCUCUGACAUCAUCCUGACCGAUGACAACUUCACCAGCAUUGUCAAAGCGGUCAUGUGGGGUCGCAAUGUCUACGACAGCAUCUCGAAGUUUCUGCAGUUUCAGUUGACAGUCAACGUGGUGGCUGUGAUCGUGGCCUUCACGGGUGCCUGCAUCACUCAGGACUCUCCUCUCAAAGCUGUGCAGAUGUUGUGGGUGAACUUGAUCAUGGACACAUUUGCCUCACUUGCCCUGGCAACGGAGCCCCCAACUGAGUCACUGCUGCUGCGGAAGCCAUAUGGCCGGGACAAACCUCUCAUCUCACGUACCAUGAUGAAGAACAUCCUUGGCCAUGCAGUCUAUCAGCUCACCAUUAUCUUUACCUUGCUUUUUGUUGGAGAGCUCUUCUUUGACAUUGAUAGUGGAAGGAACGCACCCCUGCACUCGCCACCCUCAGAGCACUAUACCAUCAUUUUUAACACCUUCGUCAUGAUGCAGCUUUUCAAUGAGAUCAAUGCUCGCAAGAUUCAUGGUGAGAGGAAUGUCUUCGAUGGCAUCUUCAGCAACCCCAUCUUCUGUACCAUUGUCCUGGGCACCUUUGGAAUUCAGAUUGUCAUCGUCCAGUUUGGUGGAAAGCCCUUCAGCUGUUCCCCACUGUCCACAGAACAGUGGCUCUGGUGCCUAUUUGUUGGUGUUGGGGAGCUGGUCUGGGGACAGGUCAUUGCCACCAUCCCCACCAGCCAGCUCAAGUGCCUGAAGGAAGCAGGACAUGGGCCUGGGAAGGACGAGAUGACUGAUGAGGAGCUGGCCGAGGGAGAGGAGGAAAUCGACCAUGCUGAGCGAGAGCUCCGCAGAGGCCAGAUCCUCUGGUUCCGGGGCCUCAACAGGAUCCAGACACAGAUCCGGGUGGUGAAAGCAUUCCGUAGCUCCCUUUAUGAAGGCCUUGAGAAACCGGAAUCCAAGAGCUGCAUCCAUAACUUCAUGGCAACGCCCGAGUUUCUAAUCAAUGACUACACCCACAACAUCCCGCUCAUCGAUGACACGGAUGUGGAUGAAAAUGAAGAACGCCUGAGGGUCCCGCCUCCCUCACCCCCUAACCAGAACAACAACGCCAUAGACAGCGGCAUCUACCUGACCACGCAUGCCACUAAGUCAGCUACCUCUUCAGCAUUCUCUUCCAGGCCUGGGAGCCCACUCCACAGCAUGGAGACAUCCCUCUAACCAGAACUUCUCUCAUCACAUGCAUACCUACAUGCACACAUGCACACAGUCACACACACACACACAGUCACACAUGCACACAUAUGUGCAUGUACACACAGAGAGGGGAACCUUGCACCUGCCAAAGAGGGAAAACCUGCUAAAGAGGCUAAAGACUUUUCUUAUGUGGUAUUUUCAAGAAGCCAAUUGCAUUCGAUAAGGGCACGGCCCCAUGAGGCUUCUCAUUAGGCUCCCAGGAGGUGGAGGAAGGAGGAAGAAGGAAAAGGGAGGAGAGGAAGUUCUUUACCCAAUGUGAAGAAAAAAAAAGAGAGCAUGAGACAAGAUGCACUUUCCAUCUUUUUUUUUCUACUGAUGCUUCUUUUUUAAAAAACACUAGUUCCACCAUGUGUUCACCAUUUGGGCUGUGCAGCAUGGCAGGGGCUAGCUGAGCCUAUCUGGAGCUUUACCAUAACACACACACACACACACACACACACACACACACACACACACACACACACAAAAGGAAGUCAUUGUGCAGACCGGCCACCGGAGGGAGCCACCUGCAAAGGUACCUUCUACUGCAAAGCACACUAGACCCAUCUGCAAAUCGCAUGUGUGUGCGUGUGUCUAUAUGUAUGUGUGUCUAUAUGCAUAUACAUAUAUAUAUGGCAAAUGCAUAUUUAAAGAAUAAGGAACUAUUUAUCGGCAUGAUAUUUCCAUUCCUCUCACCAGGCGUUUUCCUUUUGAAGUUUCAGUUUUGAAUGUAGCAAGGUUCUUUUCAGGGAACAAGACUGCAAGAACAUCCUUUCAGUACUGUACUUCCCUCCCCAAGCACCUGGCCUGAGGAUGUCCAUGCUUGACCCUGCUGAUUCCAGAGGAGGUAGUCUGGAAUGUGUUGUGCAAGAACCUUUGCACUUUGAGACCUCUGCCUACAGAGGAAAAAGACUUUUCAAUGGCAUUUUAUUUAAAAGGAAAAUACCAAAGUAUUGAUGACAAUACCCCGCCCCCUCCAGUACAAAGCAAAGCAGGUUUUAGUUUUGGCUUCCUCCCAUUUCGUUUCCAACACCUUCAUUUUGGCUGAUGGCUUUCUUUGUCCAAGUUUGAAAGCAUGAAGAACCCUAGGAACAGCUGUGAAAGAGCAGAGACAGGCGCCAGGCCUAACUGCUACAAAGGCCACCUGAGGAAGAGGGGUCAUCAAAAUCAAGAUGCCAACUGCAAGGACAGUCCAGGUUCAUCUCUGUCAUUCCUCUAGACUUGCACUUUGUGCUUUGGCAAAUGACAGUGAGUACUCAAAGGACCACCUCCGUGUCUCCCAAGUCAUGGGCGUGCCACCCACCAAAGCAUGCUUCCAACCCAGGUCUUCUUGCGCACAGGGAAAAUACAACCCAGAAGGCAACACUAUAGAAAGAGAGCCUCAUGGGAAAAUGGCCUUUAUUACUGUUGUCAUUGCUGUUUUCUUGCUGGUGGCUCUUGUAGGCCUGUGGGGGGCUAAGCACAGGGUCUACAGGACUUGGGCCCACCUAGGCAGGCGAGGCUAGGAAAGCAAGGUCUGGGAUCCAGGAACCUAUCCCAUUAGUGUGGGCAUCCGCUGUGCCAAGCCUGCUUUCCUAGAAAAAGUGAUAACCUGGGGGAAGAAGGCAGAGGAGAGAGGUCUCAUGUCUGCUGCCCUGCAGGGAAGCCCAAGCUGAUGAGUCUCUUUCUAGUGGAAAACUGACCCUCCCCAUAUGCUUCUAGGUCCUGAAUCUGGACACCCAUAAUGACACCAGUGAAAUGGGCAGCAUCCUGCCCUUGAGGUUCCUUCACCUUCUGAACUUAUGAGUGUCACACUUUGCAGAAAGGUGUCUAGAAUCUCACUCCACUCCCACACAUGCUUGUCACUUGGCCCCGAGGUUUUCUGGCAGGAGACAGAUGUGAGCUGAGAGAUGGAGGGUAAGGACAGGCAUCCUCAGGAGCUGCAUUUGCCCCACUCCCAUCCCACACUACCACACAGAAAGCUUGUCUCAGCUCCCAGGCAUCCACACAAAAUUUAAUGGAAAUGUGCUUUGUCCUCACUGGUCACACCAAUGCCAUGUCACCCCUGAACAGGAUAGUCACAUCUCGGGCAAAAGAAUUUCAGUUACAAGAGAAACUCCACUUUAAAAUGCCAGCUACAGAUCACUUAAAGCCAUCCCUUUUUUUCUAAAGGGCAUAUUGAGAAUGUUUCCCAUUUGUAAAUUGUUCCCUGAUGUCCUUGUUUAAACCACCACAACAAAAGGGCAACUUGGCUAGCUGAGGGUCUUUGUGUUCUUCAACAAGAAAUCAACAUGUGGAGGAUUGCAGUUGAGGCGGGUCAGCUGUGUCCAGCUACGCUCAUGGGCUUCUUGUCAUCCUCUGUUGUAGACACACAGAUAGAGCAAAUGACAACUAUAUAUUAAAAAGCCAACCCUCAAUGCUGCUGUGUAAAGUUGCCUGGUGUCAAUGUCGACUGUGUGAUACCCAGGCUGCCUUUGUGCUGAGCUGUGGGGUUCAGAAAAGGCCCUGGAAACCGACAUCAUCUGUUCUGGUUCUUGUACAGUCUUCAGACCGAGAGACCUGUCUCACUGGAAGCUUCUCUUUAUAAAGCAUUAUACUGUAUGGAAUGGCUUGGUCAACUGUGUUCAGUUCAUAAAUAUGUUUUACAUUUUUAUCUGCUUGUUAUAAAAAUGAACAAAAUAUCUUAAUAAGAAACAUCACAGAUGCAUAAGAAAUUAAA